AUGCCUCGUCUCUUUGGGUCGGAUGGGGAACGCUACUCUGACCUUGGGGUAUCGGAUGAUGAGGCUGGGGAACCACACUGGGACAUGGGGUAUGAGGAGGCACGGAGGGCUGUGGAGGAAAAGGGGGAAAUCACGGACCUAUUGGAAGGGGAUUCGAUGAUGGACGGGGAAGAGUACCUGGUGGAGGACAAGGAGGAAGGGGAGCUGGCUUACGAGGGGAAGGGGCAUCGGAUCAGUCCGGACUACCUAUUCGCGCUAUUCAAUUACCCGGCAGCUGAGCGGUGGCAGUACUUGGCAGCCGAAAAAGGGGAUGAAGGAAGGAUAGUUCUCGGUAGUUAUUACAGCCUCAAAAAGGAGGCCACUCGAGUUGCCUGCCCUGCCUUUGAGGACCUGCCGGUGUCACUUAACCAUGAAUUGGGGAUGGCCCAACAGACGGACCUGAGGAAGCUGCUGGUAGAGUAUCGGGAGGUCUUUGCCACAGAAGCAGAACCGUUGGGCACCCACCCCACCGUCCUUCAUCACAUUGCCACUGGGGAUGGGUUGAAGCCGGAUGCGGGAAAGGUGGAGGCGAUUAGUAUGAUGGCGGCACCGGUGGAUGUGAGAGGGGUCCGGGAGUUCCUGGGGUGCACCAGUUACUACCGGCGGUUCAUAAAGGGGUAUGCGAAGGUGGCGCAUUCCCUCACGCAGCUGCUGCACAAGGACAACCCAUUUGAGUGGACGGACAAAUCGCAUCGUCGGCGCUCUAACCUAACACUCGUUUUCAUCAAUUCGUCACUCUCGUCACUUCUUCUCCUCGUCGGGCCGCCGCCCGUCGCCCUGCAGCUCCUCGUCGGGCCGCCGCUCGUCGCCCUGCAGCUUCUCUUCGGGCUGCCGCCCGUCGCCCUGCAGCUUCUCGUCGGGCCGCCGCCCGUCGCCCCGCAGCGUCAUCCUCGGGCUGCCGCCCGUCGCCCCGCAUCUGCACUCCUACCCCCAUCCCCCCUCUUUCCCGCAGCUGAACAGGUGCAGCAACGCAGCCGAGCAGCAGCGUAG